GAGCUGGUGUUCCCGUUCGGACAUUCCGUGGUGCCGGACAGUAAUACCGUUGUUAGUGACGUGAUUCAUCAAGGAAAGAAAGACCGCCAGCUACGUUUAAAACAACAACAGUUGUUGGAAUUAUUUGAUUAAAAAUAUCAGUACUUGAAUGUCCACAACUAGUGAAUAUCUUAGUGAGGUGUUAUAAGGUGCAGCUGUUGUUGUGACGGGUACGUAUUUCUUGGGUCUGCUGAUCAUAUCUGUUGGACUGCUGGCCCCGUCUGUAAGGUACUAUGAAGCUGUACAGCCUGAGUAUCCUCCACAAGGGAGCGACCAAAGCCAACCUCCUCAAAGCCGCCUACGACCUGUCCUCCUUUAGCUUCUUCCAGCGCUCCAGCGUCCAGGAGUUCAUGACCUUCACCAGCGCCUUGAUAGUGGAGCGUACUGCCACCGGGAGCAGAGCUUCUGUCAAAGAACAAGAGUACCUCUGCCAUGUGUAUGUGCGAAACGACAGUCUGGGUGCUGUCUUGAUAGCAGACAGCGAGUAUCCUCAGAGAGUCGGCUUCACUCUACUGGACAAGGUCCUGGAGGAGUUCUCCAGACAGGUGGACAGUCUAGACUGGCCCUCUGGCAGCCCUGAAUCCAUCACCUACAAAGCCCUGGACAUCCACCUGGCCCAGUACCAGAAUCCCAGAGAAGCAGAUGCGAUGACCAAGGUUCAGGCCGAGUUGGACGAGACCAAGAUCAUCCUGCACAGCACCAUGGAGAGCCUUCUGAACAGAGGUGAGAAGCUGGACGACCUCGUCCAGAAGUCCGAACACCUAGGGAACCAGUCCAAGGCCUUCUAUAAGACUGCACGAAAGCAGAACUCCUGCUGUGAAAUCAUGUGAGUCGUCCCGCCGUCGCCGUGGACACGCCUCUCUUUGCCUUUCUGCUGCUCCUACAACUCCCAUUAUGCACCAGCAUCCAGAUCUCUGCACCAGGGACAGACUGGCCUCAGCACCACCCAUGAGAGGGCGUGGGGGGUUGGGGAACUGGUGGUCUCUGCAUCUCUGAUAUAUACUGGGGGUGGCGAGGGUGGAGUUUAGGGGGGUGGGGCGGGCUGUCACACUGGAGGUUAUGGAUCACGAGGAGCAGAAAGGACACUUGUUUGCAACCUUUUACCCAUCCACCGGGUGACUGUUUUUGAUGUGUUUUGGACCCGGACCCAGGACAUGACCGCGUGACUUUAUGUUGAGUUGUGUUAAUUUUAGAAAAA